AUGCGUUUCAUCUCGAUAACCGGUGACAGGCGUCUAACACGGUCCGUGCGGGCAGCAGCGGCGGCGGCGGAGGGGAUGGAUGGGGAGGCGCAGCUGUCGGCGGAGGAGGCGCAGGUCCUGAGGGUCAUUCAGGACAUUCUCAAGAUCCACGUGGUGCUGCGGAUCGAGGACCAGCGCGAGGCGGAGCGGCGCCGGCAGAUGGGCAUCGAGAAUGGAGCGGGUUACCCCCACCCUUUCCCCUCUCCCCUCCCUUCCUCAACCCCCACCUGCCCCUGCGGACUGCAGUGGUGCAAGUAUCCUCUCGACCCUUCCCCCUCACUGCCCUCCCCGCCCUUUUUUCUCGUCAAUAUGCUCAUUCCCCUCCGUGUUCCCCUUCCCCUCCCCCCACGUGUGCGAGGAUCCGCAGACCACUUGGUGUGUGAGGAUCGUGUGCUGGCAGACCGCAUGGUGCUGCACGAGCUGUGGGGAAGAGGGAGGAGAGGAAGUGGGAGAAGGGGGAAGGUGACAUCUACGAACAAAAAGUGGGUUUUUUCUCGUAUGUUUUCUGUUUCCCUUCUCCCCAACCCCUCUCUUCAACCCCUCUCCCAUACUCCUCUCCUUGACCGUUCUCCCAUAAUCCUCUCCCAUAAUCCGCAUCUCCCCGUCUCCCCUACGCCGCUCCCUCACCUCUCUCCUCCACAAUUUCCCCUCCACCCCUCUCCCCCACCCUUCUCUUUUUGCCCCACUGCCCCACCCUUCUCUCCCACCCCUCUCCCCCACCCUUCUCUCCCUGCCCCUCUGCCCCACCCUUCUCUCCCUACCCCUCUCCCCCACCCUUCUCUCCCUACCCCUCUCCCCCACCCUUCUCUUCCUAUUGCUCUCCCCCCCUUCUCUCCCUACCCCUCUCCCUCCCUUCUUUCCCCAUCCCUCUCCCCCACCUCUCUCACCCCUCGCCCUGCUCCUGCCAGGAGGCAGUGA